UGCAUUCGCGCAAUGUUCGCUGCAGGCGAAGGACGCGAGUGGAAAACUCAGCGGAAAAUAUUUACCGUUGGCUUGCCGCCAUCGUAUUGCGUGUACAAAAGGGGCGUGUGCGUGCGCUAGUGUGUGUGAGUGUGUAUUUGUGGGCCAGGGGAAUUGAGAUUGUACUAGUAGUAUCCCAGUUGGGCGUUCAAGCAGUACGUGCAAAAUUCAAAGCGAUACAGAAGUGCCUUUAUAAUUUAACAUUUAUCCUGACAUUACUUUGCCCAAUACUAGCGUAGGAGUCCCAGACCUGCGACCCAAUCAGGUAUAUAUUCAAACCAAAAGAAGCUGCAAGUGUUUGUUUAACAAAAACAAACAGUUGCAUAAAUUGGCAGUUGCCGAAGAGCCCAGCAUCAUAUUACAAAGAAAACUCGUAGUGAAAGGCGACGAAUUUAAAGUGUAAGGACACAAGCCUGCCUUUUCGCCUGCAAAGCACACGAAGUGCGCCAAAAAUUCUGCAGUGCAAAGUUCACCUUCACCCAGUGUGUAUGACAUGCAGGCGUCUGAAAAAUCGAUACCAGAAACAUCAGCAGUUGCAACGCUCCACGGCCGCUCCCACUUAGCCACACAGCAGGUCCAUUGAGCCAUCGUACACCGUACUUCCAGCGGAUUCGGGCCAGGAACCCCAUCGACAUGGUGGACGCCAAGCCGCAGCCACCCACUCCGGGCGCAAUGCCUGGCACGGGAACACCGCCGGCCGGAUUCGCCGGCGAGCGAUCGAAGAUCAAGCUGUUCAUGGAACGGACGCCCAGCAUCGGAGCCCUCAAGUCCAAGUUCCUCACCGUGCUGGGCAACAGCAACGAGCUGCUCAACGGAAUAUCGAACAAGCUGACCCUGAGCAGCAGUUCCAGCGAUUCUGAUUACUGCGAUGACGACGAGGACAUACCCAAGUUUGACGAGACCAUUGAUUACACCAAGAUCGACUUCGAAGGACGACGUGUGAAGGCGCGCCGAGCUCACGAGGAGAUCAUCUCAGGCCGCUAUCGCCAGCCCAAUUUGGCACCACGGCCACGUCUGGAGCCAUCGCGUGGGCGUCACGCGGCCAGCAAACUGGGUGGACCACUGCGCUCCAGCUCCGGCUCCUCGAGCAGCUCCAGCAGCAGCGACGACAGCAGCUCUAUAUCCCUGCCCGAGCACAUGGCCAAUCGGUCCCACGACGUGAGCAGCACCACCCGCUCGGAUUCCAUAGAGUCGCGUCACUCCGGCGGAUAUGAGAGGGCCAGGGCCAUCGCAGGAGCCCGUCGCAGCGAGAUGGACAUGCAGCGGGAUGUGCAGAGGAUUGCUGAGGUGGGCGACACCCUGCCGCCGCACAUAGAUGUCCAGCCGCCGACGGAGGCAGCAGCGGCAUCCGCUGGACGGCAGCAGUGGGCGGGCGGAAGCAACUCGAUGCGCUUGCCGUCGCGCAGUCGCGCCUCCAACAGCAGCACUCUGACCAGCCUGCGCGAUGAGCCGGAUCAGCUGUUGGCCAGCCCCAGCAUGGAGUCCACCGACUGGCGGCACUUCAUCCGAUCGGAGUCGCAGAACUCGGUGCCCUCGUGGGCCUCCUCCAUCAGCCUGGAUUGCCGAGCGGGCGAGGAGCCCGUCAAGGAGUUUAUGAAGCACUUUACUGCUCUGCUGUUUGGCGGAUCGCCGGCUGCCGUUGAUCUGGAGCUGAAGUCUGAGUUUGGGGUAUUGCUGCGUCUGGAGAUCGGUCGCCUGUGGUUCACCCGCUUCCUCACCGAGCAGCGCCACAAGUCCAAGCGUCUCGACUCCGUCACGUUCGGCAGUCUGGCCCAGUACUUUGCCUUGGCCCUGUUUGAGUGCAGCGAGUGCGAGGAUUAUGGCCCGGCUGCGGUACUGAUGAACCUGUGUUUCCUCUUCUACCAUGAGGUCGAGGUGCCCGGCUGCGAUCCCUAUCGCGAGUACCUCUUCUCCUCGCUGCGCCAACAGCCCAUCUGGCAGCAGGCGCGCUUCUGGAACGCCAUCUUCCACGACGCCAUGCAGGCGGAACGGGAGCACCGGGGUCAGAGCCAGUUGAGGCGCCAAAAGCGCCGCCAGCAGAAGCAGCAGCAGCGGCAGGCAGCCGGCGGAGCAGCAGCAGUAGCAGGAGCAGGAGCAGGAUCAGGCACGGGAACAACAGAUGCGCCUGCCUCCAAGUCGAAGCGCAAGCAGGGCGGCGACUCGUCCUCCAGCUCCUCGCAUCAGGCACCACAAUCGGGCACUCCGGCGGCCCCUGCCUCCACUGGCUCCGUUCCGGCCAACCGGCGGCCCAGCAAGACCAGUCUCACCCAGGCGCAUUCGGUCAGGGACCAGGAGGACAUUGCAUUUCGGCAGCUUGGGGCAUUGACCUGCAAUAUGCACUCACUGGGAACAUCCCAGGAAUUGUGCCUUGACUUCCUGAAAAAGAACGUGGUGGCAAACAACCUAUCCAAGGAUAAAGCCAAACUUAUCAGAGACAAUAUAUAUCGAAUGUACCAUGAGACGCAACUUUGGGGAGCUCGACACGCCUGAGCAGUAACAAUUGUAAAAGUACCUAACAAAAUCGAGUUUCAAUCUUCGUCUCAACUAAUGCUAAACUUUUGUCUUAAGUCAGCCGACACCUCCAAACUAAUCCUAACUAAAGUAGCAGAUCAAUGAAGUUUUAACUGAAAUCUGGUGUUUUUACUCGCGUUGGUGUAACCGUAAAGAUAUUAAUGCGAUAGGCAUUCUUGUAACUGGGCUUGUAAGUUCCAAAAUCACACUGAAAUUUAAUGUUUGAAUUUGGGAAUGCUUGUAUUUUGUACACCUAUGAAAACGAAUAUAAUAUAUUGUUGUCAAUAAAUUGGGAUUCUUAGAGACGUCAUCGUUCAAUUUUCAUCAUAGUUAAACAAAUUGGAAUCGCAUAUCAAAAAUAAGUUUUGAAUCAAAGCCAGUUACAAGAACAUCAGUACUGCGAAAGAUAAGAGGGCACUUAAAACAAUACUGUAUGUGUAUCCAUAAAUUGUGAUAAUAAUAUUUUGUGAUUACUUUAUAUAGACCUAAAUAUUAUGCAAUUAUGCAGUGCAUAUAGUUAAAAUAUCGCAGUUUAAAUUGUUACAAAUCAUGAUCAAUAACUAUACUAUAACUAUGUUUAUAACGAAAGAGAUAAUAUUUCGCAAUUGUUUAAUACAUUCAAAUUAAUAAAAGUAACGAAACUC